AUGACUGCCAUCAUUUGUAUAGCAUGCGUUUGCAUGCUAGUCAUCCGGGUCGGUUGUCUUCCCGUUAUACCGCAGCAGACAACGCCUCAGGUGGAAGAAGAUGGUGAUUUUUCGAGAUAUAACGUGUCGUACCAGAGGUAUAUUCAGGAGGUCGUGGACGCGCUUCGUAGUGAUCCCAAUUUUGAAGCGAAACUGCGGAAUGCACAGGUGGAAGAUAUUCAGACAGGUAAGAUCGCUGAAGGCCUGGACGUGGUGUCCAGCGACGUAAGGUCUCGAUUGGAUUUCAUUAAGCAGAGUGAGAUUGAGCGAAUCCGCGAUAAAUUGGAAGAUGCCAAUCGCCAGCACAUGGAUCUCUCAAAUCCGAGCUUUGAAAAGGAAGAUCUGCAAAAAUUGCUUCAGAAGGUACAUGCACUCCUUUCGGAAGCGUUAAUGUGCGUCUACUUCUCCAAAGACAUGGAGAAGCUGGACAAACAGCGAGAGGCGGCCUUGAAAGAGAGACAGAAGAUGGUAGAAGAGGAAGAGUAUCGGAAAUUAAGUAAACUAAAUACCGAAGAGAGACGUGCUGCGCUGGAGACCAUGAGAAAGGCGCAAGAACAAGACCGGAAUGAUCGCAAGUUGAAACAUCCAGGCAGCAAAGAUCAGCUCGAAGAAGUAUGGGAAAAUGUAGACCAAAUGCCGAAAGAAAACUUUGAUCUCAAGACCUUUUUCAAACUGCACGAUAUUAACUCGGACGGCUACUGGGACGAGAACGAGGUCGAGGCGCUGUUCGAUAAGGAGUUAAAUGAAGUGUACAACACCAGUGAUCCUUACCAGUUGGCCCAAAAGGAUAUGGAACGUAUGAAGAUGAGGCAACAUGUUUUUAGCGAAGUGGAUAAAAACAGCGAUUCGCUGAUAAGUUACGAAGAGUUUUUGGGAGAGAGCAAGACGGCCGAUUUCGAUAACGAUGACAAGUGGCAGGCGAUGGACAAAAAACCAGCAUUUACCGAAGAAGAGUUAGAACGGUACGAAGAGGAGUGGCGUCAAGAGGCGGUUAGAGUUGCUUCUACCGUUCCAAUGUAUCCUGUGGAUCCUUCAGGAUUGUCCCAGCCCCCGUCUUCUAUAGAUGCCGCAGUUAAUCACCAGCGGAAACAAGCUAUAGAUAUGACCGAUCAGCCGCUGAAUGCUCCUGUGCAUAAAAAGGGCGAUGAAGGCGUCGAUAAAUUUCGGAAGCAGAAUGUACCUAUGGUGCAUUCUCCUGGCAACGUUCAUUUGAAGCCAUUAGGUCCUGCUGUUCCGGGAAUCCCAUAA